AUGGGGCCCGCCAAUCAUGACCUCUUCGCACCCACGUCGCUGCAAGUCACAAUUCGCUGCUACAUGCACUCUGUCCAGCGACAGCGACAACGACAGCGUGCAGCAGAGGUGGUGAUCAAGGACGGUGUCGGCGUCGAAAGCGACAUGCACUGCCCUGCCGGGUCCCGUGGUCAGGCAACGACCAAGUCGCACCACCAGCACGCAGUAUUACAGCAUUUCCAACAAGCGCGACACGGUAUUGUCAAAGUUUGCCGUGACAUCCGGCCAACGGCCCUGAUGCUGUUCGUUGUGCGCUGGCCCUGCUGCGAAACGAUGACUCCCCAGCGCAUGCCCGUCGCAAUGAGUCGCUCUCGAGCAAUGGGCAAUAUCCAAGGUUCUGCCCACGAGGAUCAAUUGGUAAUUGCCGCCUACGGCCGAUGCGCAACCAGAGCAGACGAUGAUAGCAGUGCACGCGAUGGCGAAUUGUGGUCCGCCCAGUGCCCAACAGUACCGCUGACUGGCUCUGUCAACAACGAUACGCGUCCAUCCACUCGCAGACGCCGCAUGUGUGGCUGCCCUCGAGCUUCCUACACGUGGCGCGCGGGAAAGUUGAAACAAAGUGCGAAGCCGGCACUACGGUACGAUCAUCAUUAG